UUAACAGCAGCAUACAGCCAGCAAUGUGCAGUAAUCCAAUAUGUCUGCGCCCUGAAGGAGGCUGCUCUCGGCGUGAAGGUGCAGGACAAGCGACAGUGGAUGGAUUCUCAGUUGACUUGGAGGCAGAUUUAAGGCUUUCCAGACAGAUCAGGAUGUCAAAGAUCUCCAAGGCAGCAAAGGCUGUGAAGAAAUUGGAUGCAGGCAAUGUAAUCCGGGCCAUAGUGAGGUCAGGACAAGCAGCCCCAGGACCCCCACUAGGCCCCAUCCUGGGACAGAGAGGAAUCCCCAUUGGCCAGUUCUGCAAGGACUUCAAUGAGAAAACCAAGGAGCUGAAGGAGGGCAUCCCUCUCCCAAUCAAGAUCCACGUGAAGCCUGACAGAACCUAUGACAUAAAGAUCGGCCAGCCCACUGUGUCUUACUUCCUCAAGCAAGCAGCGGGCAUUGCAAAAGGGGCCGGCAAGACAGGCCACGAGACAGCGGGUAUGGUGUCUGUAAGGGCAGUAUAUGAGAUUGCCCAGGUGAAAGUCCAGGAUGAGUGCUUCAAAAUGAGGAACGCCUCCCUUGAGACCGUCGUCAAAUGCAUCAUCGGCUCGGCCCAUUCGCUUGGCAUCAAGGUUGUCAACGAUCUCUCAGCUGAUGAGUACAAAAUCUUCUUGGAGCAGAGAGAGGAGAAGUUGAAAGCUGAUGCAGCUGCAGCCGCAGCUGCUGCAGCUGAAGCUUUGUCGGGCAAAAAGAAAUGAAGACCUGUAGUAUCCAUUAUUACCCCCCAUUACUGUUUUUAUUGACUCUAUUCAUGAGCCACAUUUAUACCAAAACACUGUUAAUGUUGUGUGUCCAAUAUUAAUAAACAGUUAUGUGAUAUGU